AUGGACCACGGACGCGAUCCCUGCCCCUGGGUCAUCUUUAAUGACUUUGGCGGUGCUUUCUGCAUGGGUGCCAUCGGAGGUACCAUUUGGCAUGGUGUCAAAGGUUUCCGCAAUUCUCCUUACGGCGAACGACGUAUCGGCGCCAUCACCGCCAUAAAGAUGCGCGCACCUGUUCUUGGCGGUAACUUUGGUGUCUGGGGCGGCCUCUUUUCGACCUACGACUGCGCCAUCAAGGGCAUUCGCAAGAAGGAGGACCCGUACAACGCCAUUAUUGCUGGUUUCUUUGUCGGUGGCUCUCUUGCUUUUCGCGGCGGUUUCAAGGCAGCUCGCAACAAUGCCAUUGGCUGUGCAGUCCUGCUUGCUGUCAUUGAGGGUGUUGGCAUUGCCUUUUCCAAGAUGUUGUCGGGUGGAACGAAACUGGAGAUGCCGCAGCCCCCGCCUAGCAUGGAGAACGCAAGCUUGUAA